AUGUUUUGAUAGCGCCACAUUGUUUACACCUUUCAGAGGAGUCAACCUGCUGGUAUAGGAGAAAGUAUGGUAGCAUUCAAAACAUAACAUGCAUCGCCUUUAGCUACUAAAGCUAGCUGUAGGACUGAAUGGCAUUGUAUGUAUCAGAUUGUGUGUAGGUUAAUAAGUGCAAGAUGCUGUAAGGAGGUACUCAGGCAGCUAAUGUUGCCUGAACGCAGCUGGGUUGGGCAGGGCUAAUAGAUGGACCAUAACACUAUGACACCAUCAAGAGAGUGGGGGGAAGCUGGGCUGAGAGAGAAAGAGAGAGAGGGAAUGAAGAAGGGAGGGAGGGAUUAAGCAAGCCACAGUAAGGGACAGAGCAACUGUCAGAAAGCAGAGAGAGACAGAGAGGACGCAGGGCUAGACUCAGUCCGCACAGAACCUUGUGGAUUUCUCCUUUGCUUCUACUGCAUCUUUCCUUUUCCCUUUCCCUAACCAUCCCCCCCUUCCCCUCCCUCUUCCCCCCCCACUGUCCUCUCCGCUCUGGACCGCUCCUCCGGGCAUGCUACUUAAGCCAAAGUAUGGCCGCUUCCGGAACGACUCUGUGACCUCCUCCGACGACCUGAUGCAGAGCCUAGCCAUGAGCGGGAAGGUGGUGGCCACGCCGGUGGCCUCUUCGUCCACGCCUGGCUUGGAGCUGCCGCCCCUGGAGACCGCUGCCCUUUCUCCUCCUUCGGCCCAGGUGCUGGCCGACUCGCCCGGGCUGGACGGUGAGCAGGACGGCACCACCACCUUCUGCAUGCUCAUUCCUAAGAUGCCCCAGUGGAAGUUCUCCAAUUCAUUGCUCAGCCGUAGCCCGUCCAAUAGCAACUCCAGCUCCAAUUCCAGCAAGGAUUCCGGCAGGGCACCUCCGACCGAUAGUUCCCCUGCUGGGGGGGCGACUGCCGCCAGUGGUCCUGUGGCUAGUCUUGCAGCUGUGUUCAACUCCUGUGACCCUGUUUGUGUGGGCCCAUGUUCCCUACAGGCCGCCAGGAGGCAGAGGGCCAGUCCGAGAGAGUCCAGCGCAGGGGCCACCGAGGGGAGUCCAGGGGGCUCUGGGAGCUUCAGGACCGGGAUGAACCGGAGGACCAGGGUGGAGGGAAUGUGGCUGGGAGAUAACUUCACCCAGAAGGGCAGCUUCAUCAACAAGCCCUCGCAGGGGUGGUUGCACCCAGACAAAAAGAUCAGCAGCACGGGGGCUUCGUACAUCGUUAGGUACAUGGGCUGCAUUGAGGUUCUGAAAUCAAUGAGAUCCUUGGACUUCAACACUAGGACACAGGUCACAAGGGAGGCCAUCAACAGGUUGUGUGAAACUGUACCUGGAGGAAAAGCUGCCUGGAAGAAGAAAACCACCAAUAAAUCCCUCCAGUCUAUCAUGGGGAAGAGUAACCUACGUUUUGCUGGAAUGAGCAUCGGCGUCAACAUCUCCAUUGAUGGCUUGAGUCUCCUCGUCCCCACCACACGACAGGCGAUUGCCCAUCACCCCAUGCAGUCCAUAUCUUUCGCCUCUGGUGGAGACUCGGAUACACCCGAUUACGUCGCUUAUGUGGCCAAAGACCCUGUCAAUCAAAGAGCAUGUCACAUCCUGGAGUGCUGUGACGGUCUUGCUCAGAAUGUGAUCAGUACCAUCGGCCAGGCUUUCGAACUGCAGUUCAAACAGUACCUACACAGCCCGCCCAAAGCAAUUCCCACCAUGGAUAGGACCAUACGAACAGAAGAGUCGGCAUGGGGUGAUGACGAGGAAUCUUCUGAGCACGAUUACUACAACAGCAUCCCAGGAAAGGAGCCUCCUGUGGGGGGAGUGGUGGACUCUAGGCUCAGGCCUCCUGCGGGCCUACUGGGUCACGUCCAUACGCAACCACAGAGCAAAACCGCUCAGAUGGGGUCACUGGCCAAAAGAGAUGCAGGCAGCCUCGCUGCCGCCCACUUGUGUUAUGAAGUGCACUGGGACACGGAGAACAACAGCAGCUCAACUUUGACUUCCGAUGGUUACCUCCGAGCAGAUGGUCAUCCUACAGGUAGCCGCGAUUACGAGGAACAUCUGUAUGUAAACACCCAGAAUCUGGACAACAUGGAGGCCUCAAUGGAUGCCCGAGGAGGACGCAGAUCCGAGAGUCCAAAGAAAGACAUUUUUGAUAUGAGGCCAUUUGAGGACGCCCUGCGUCUACACGAGGCUGGAGGAGUUUGUGUAUUGGAGGACAAGUGGCCGAGUCCCCCGCGGCGCCGGGCCCCCGUCGCCCCCACGGAGGACCAGCUGCGGCGGGAGAUGUGGUACCAUGGCCGCAUGAGCCGCAGGGACGCAGAGAAUCUGCUGGGUCGAGAUGGAGAUUUCCUGGUGAGGGACAGCGCCACUAACCCGGGCCAGUAUGUGCUGACUGGGAUGCAGUGUGGGCUUCCCAAACAUCUGCUGUUGGUGGAUCCUGAAGGAGUGGUUCGGACUAAAGACAUGCUUUUUGAGAGCAUCAGCCCCCUGAUCAACUACCACCUGACAAACAAGCUGCCGAUUGUUGCAGCAGAGAGCGAGUUACACCUCCAGCAGGUGGUCUGCAGAAAGAACUGACUUCCGGUUGAAGCCCAUAUAGGGUACAUGGGUGCAAGGCCAUCCCCUGUGCUGCCAAUCUAGAGGCCCCACACUAUUGCCUUAAACAGACUCUGAGCUUCCACUGGGACUUGUGGGAUAUCGCUGUUCCUUAGGCACUGACCACAAACAGCUUUCAGCAUGUCUUGCUCAAUCCACCCCUUCUUCAACAGAGAAGACCCCAACUGAGAGUUUGGCAUUGGGAAAUAAAGUGCUUGUGAACACUUUUUCCCAGCAGACUGUUCAGAAAUGUGAACUUAUGUGAAACACAUGAGACAAACCGUCUGAUUCCUUUACAUCCAUACGAGCGCUCGUCCGUCAGUGAGCUGUUGUUUCUAAAUGUGAUGUAUUGAGUAACCGUGGCUCUGAUCUUCUCUGACGGUCACCUCUGACACUCUGGACUUCAUUGUGUUGUGCUUACCAACGGUUUGCUCUCAGGAUGCAGUAUUUAAGGACAUUAUAUAAAGCUCAGUCGCUCUCUAAUGCAGUCGUAUCAAAUGCACAUGUUUCAUUUAUGAACUCAGCACCAAACGUUUGGGUCGUGCUCAUGUGAUAUUGCCCUUUUUUAAACCUGAGUGAUUCAGACAUGCAUUAUACUAAACAAAUAUUCCAUUUCUCUUUUGUGUUUAGUCACAAACAAAUACCCACAAUGCGUACAGUUUUGUUUAAAGGUGCAUUCGGUAGUUUGGUGC